AUGGGUAUCAUCGAUGCCAAGAACAAGGUGCCCGAGCACCAGAGAUUCUACCAGCAGGCAUACAAGGCUCACACUCGCCUCUGGAUGAUCGGUUCCCGAAGCCGAUGGUACAUGACUCCUUAUCUAAUUGUUUUAUGGGGCAGCUUCGGAGCCACAAUGUACGCCGCUGGACGUAAGAUUACUGGUCACAAUACCUGGUUUGGGAAGGAGUAA